AUGUGGUAUCGUCGGGUCCUCUCGGGCGCAGCAUGUACCCACCGGCUCUCGUGUCCCGUCUAUCCAUCCAGCUUUGCGUCUGGCAGUCUCUGGCCAUUCGUUUCGAGCUUUUCUUCCUUUCGGUAUCACAAUGCACGCGCUAUUGCACUCAAGUACCACGACGGGACGUGCUCAUUAGCGGUCCCUCUACCUCUGCAUGGCUUUGACGAAGAGAGGGCCUUUAGUGUUCCACUGGACACCACGGUCGGGGAUAUGAUCAGUCAGAUUGAAGCUGAAGACAAGUCCGUGCAAAGUGUAGCGAUCCGCUCGACCCGAGGGAAAGUGUUUGCACCGACCGAAACGUUGCAAAAAGUCUUGACGGACGACUUUGAGCUGGUGCUGAACGACCACGUCCUACCUGUACGCGCGCCUGUAUUUACAGGAAGUGCGUACCUCAGCCUUUCUGAUGAUGGGGACUUGGACAUCCGCUCGGUGGCGCAAAAAGCUGCCAUCAUUAUGCUCCGUAGCGACCUGGAAAGACUGGGUAAAUGGAAAAUCAGCUACUGGGAAUUUGUGCAAAUGUGUCAGGAACGAGGCAUUCCUAAGAAACAAGCGCUGGACGUGCUGCAGGCUUUUCAUCAGACAGGACUUGUCUUCUUCUUUGGCAAGUCGGACGAUAAAGACUUGACGCAGUCCGUGUUUUUGCAGCCGCGCAGCAUUCUCGACUCGUACUUGGAAUCCAUUGGGCUGUCGCCAAUGUCGUCGCAGCUUUUUGAACAGCACCGGGCGGCACUGCUGGAAAAGAUCCGGGCGCUGACACCGGAACAUGUGGCACUAGUCCAUUUGCGGCAGGAGCUCGAGUACACUGCGACGCAGCAAGCAGAUGUCAUUGCCUACGGACUGUCAACAUCGCUCGUCGGAGGUUUCGGGCUUUACUUCUGGCUGUCGUUUAUUCACUUUUCUUGGGAUAUCAUGGAGCCGGUGACGUAUUUUACGGGCUUUGGUGUCUCUGUCGUUGGCUAUGCGUGGUGGAGUGUCACGAAUCAGGAAUACGAGUACGAAAACAUCUAUCACUACGUACACACUCGACGUCUGCAGAAGCAGAUAGCCAAGGCGAAGUUUGACCAAGACCGGUACGAUACUCUCACGGAGGAGUUACGUCAGGCGAGAAAGGAGUUGGCACAGAUUGAGCUCGUGCUCAGCAAGCCAACACCGUUGCGAGCAAAGUAUCUUCAUUUGCUGGACAACAAGUGCGAACUCAAACCACCAGUGGUCGCAGGUUCACGCUUGCUGAAUAAGGAACCGGGUGAGUCAGUCGCGUUGUAG